AUGAAGGGAGGGGCGGGGUUCUGCAAAGAGCUGGAACGCUAUAGGAGGCUGGCAUUUGGCCCCGCCCUGGGAACGCGCAGCAUGACCCGAUGGAGAGACACAUCGGUGGCGCUGAAGUUUGUGGACCAGAGGAAGAUAAAGAUGUGGGCUAAAACGGUGGUGUCUGCUCUGCUCCACUGCCACUCCAGGGGCGUGGUCCACAGAGACCUGAAACCUGAGAACAUCCUUGUCCAACUGACCAAUCACAACGUCCUACUGCUUGACUUCGGCUCCGCCUCAGUACUCAAGGAGGGAGAAUACACCGAUGUGGCAGGUACACCUGAGUAUCUUCCUCCAGAGACAGUACUGAGAGGGGAGUACUUUGCUGUUCCGGCCACCGUGUGGUCGCUGGGAAUACUGCUUUUCCAGGUGCAGCAGUUGCAUGACCCAUCCUACUAA